AUGCUUCAGCCUGGAGCUAGUGUCAAUAAAAUACUUGAAACUAGCGUCCACAUCUCAGUAGAACCUAGUGCUAGCAUCCACUACACCACAGAACCUAGUGCUAGCAUCCACUACUCCACAGAACCUAGUGCUAGCAUCCACUACUCCACAGAACCUAGUGCUAGCAUCCACUACACCACAGAACCUAGUGCUAGCAUCCACUACUCCACAGAACCUAGUGCUAGCAUCCACUACACCACAGAACCUAGUGCUAGCAUCCACUACUCCACAGAACCUAGUGCUAGCAUCCACUACACCACAGAACCUAGUGCUAGCAUCCACUACUCCACAGAACCUAGUGCUAGCAUCCACUACUCCACAGAACCUAGUGCUAGCAUCCACUACUCCACAGAACCUAGUGCUAGCAUCCACUACUCCACAGAACCUAGUGCUAGCAUCCACUACUCCACAGAACCUAGUGCUAGCAUCCACUACACCACAGAACCUAGUGCAAGCAUCCACUACACCACAGAACCUAGUGCUAGCAUCCACUACCCUGUCGAGACUAAACUCAACACCAUCAACCAGACAAGCGACUACAGUUUACUUGAAGACAACACAACAACCAACUAUCUUUUAACCUCACAGGAGAAUAACACAGGCCUUGGUGAGUAG